AUGUCGAGCGCGGCGGAUAUGGCCGAGCAGAACAUUGCCGUGUGGAAGGUCAAGAAGCUCGGUCAGUUGUACGCGGUUGUCGUAGUGCGAACGAGCUCGUGCGAGCGCUGUGGCCGCCAUAAAAACGGUCGUCGCUGCAUGUAUCGAGCUCGUCUCGGCCGACACACCCCACGAACGAUCAGGUGCUGACCUUUAUCUUUGAUCGAUGUCCAUUCGUACACAGUACAAAGUCUGCAGGCCGCCCGAGGAGCCGGCAAGUGAUGUCCAUCUGCUCCGUCGGUUCCGCGAUGAGGCCGUGCGCGGCAUUCGCUCACACGACACGACCCUUGACGCUGACACUCGACCCCUUGGAUCGUCACAGGAACGUCCAUGAUCUCGCUCAUCAUCCCACCAAAGUAAGUCGCGCCAGGGUUCGUCUAGGGUGGGGCGCAGCAGACGACUGAGACGGACCUCUUCGUGCGAAUGCGAACCAAACAGAGCUCAGAUCUCCCAGAUCUCGGGUAUGCUCACCCAGGAAUAUGGAACAGGUCAGUUUGCAACCGGCCGUAGGGGGGUGUAACGCAUUUGCCAAUCACACUCACCCCCCGUACUCCGUGCACAGCUUCCAACAUCAAGUCGCGUGUGAACCGACUGUCCGUGCUCGCGGCCAUCACCUCGACCCAGCAGCGACUCAAGCUCUACAACAAGGUGCCCCCGAACGGCCUCAUCGUCUACUGCGGCACGAUCCUCACCGACGAAGGCAAGGAGAAGAAGGUCAACUUUGACUUUGAGCGUGAGUCCGAUGGUCGGCUAGGGAAGGGGGAAAACCCAGCAUUGACCGACACCUGGCACAUGUCGCUCUCCUGUCCAUGGACCCAACCACCCACAGCGUUCAAACCGAUCAACACCUCCCUGUACCUGUGCGACAACAAGUUCCACACCGACGCCCUCGCCGAACUGCUCGAAUCCGACGCCAAGUUCGGCUUCAUCAUCAUGGACGGAAACGGCGCCCUCUUCGGCACCCUCGCCGGCAACACGCGCGAAGUCAUCCACAAAUUCUCCGUCGACCUCCCCAAGAAGCACGGACGUGGUGGACAGUCGGCGUUGCGUUUCGCGCGUCUGCGUAUGGAGAAGCGACACAAUUACGUGCGCAAGGUCGCCGAAUUGGCCGUGCAGCAUUUCAUCACCGACGACAAGGUCAACGUCCAGGGCCUCGUCCUUGCUGGUUCGGCAGAUUUCAAGACCGAGUUGAACCAGUCCGAUAUGUUUGAUCAACGUUUGGUCGCAAAGGUCAUCAAGGUCGUUGAUGUGUCGUACGGUGGGGAGAACGGUUUCAACCAGGCGAUCGAGCUCGCAGCAGAGUCGUUGAGCAAUGUCAAAUUCGUUCAGGAGAAGAAGUCAGUUCACCCCACCCCACCAACCUGAUCUGGCGGCCCAGUGCUUACCCGAACCCUCCGACUCUCACAGACUCAUCCAAAAAUACUUUGACGAGAUCUCACUCGACACGGGCAAAUACUGCUUCGGUGUCGAAGACACCUUGCGCGGUUUAGAAAUGGGUGCCGUCGAAACCCUGAUCGUAUGGGAGAACCUCGACGUCACACGCCACGUUCUCCGCGAAUCGACGGGGGCCAGCCUCGUCGUUCAUACCGCCGCUCCACCACCUACCGCAUCCAACGCCAAGAUCGACAAUCAAAUGUCUGCUACGGGGAUCAAUGCGCUUUCCGAGGUCGAUCGGGCCAAGUUUAUCGAUAAAGUUACGGGGUUGGAGAUGGAGCAGGCGCAGGAACCGAUGCCGCUGUUGGAAUGGUUGUCGGAUAACUACAAGACGUUUGGUUGCGAGUUGGAAUUCGUUACCAAGUCAGUCGGGAACGGUUAUGGGUCCACCGAGUGCAGGACUGUCUCGCUGAUGCUGCUGUUGUUUUCUCGUCUCACCCCACAGCCGUAGUCAGGAAGGAUCGCAGUUCGUCAAGGGUUUCGGUGGGAUCGGGUCAGCCACCAUGCUCCCUUUACGGUAAAUUUUCUUCACAUAAAAGCUCACUCCACACUCUCCUUUCUGUAGUGGUUUGCUCCGAUACAAGGUCGACUUUACAGUCAUCGCCGAGGCAUUGGACGUGAGUAGUCAAUCCAAUGCCUGAGACCCCAACCUGACGAGCCCAGCUUAACCCAUCUUCCUUGCUUCGACCUACUUACAGGACUUUGACGACGAGUUCAUGUCGGAUGACGACGACCCGUACUAG